AUGAGUUUUUCAAUAAACAGCAACUUACUUAAUAUCAAUGUUCAUGCUGGUGAAAAACCUUAUUCUUGUAAAGUAUGUAAUAAGAGUUAUUCGCGAAAGAAUAGUCUGGCUAGGCACAGUCGUAAUCAUACUGGUGUGAAACCUUAUACUUGUACUGUAUGUAGUAAGAGUUUUUCUCGGAGGAGUCGUCUGAUCAUCCACAAACAGGUUCAUACGGGUGAGAAACCUUAUUCGUGUAGUAUAUGUAAUAAGAAUUUUACACAGAAGAGUACCCUGACUACACACAGUCAAGUUCAUACUGGUGAAAAACCCUUCUCAUGUAGUGUAUGUAAUAAGAGUUUUGCAAAGAAGAGUACCUUGACUGACCACAGUCUUAUUCAUACUGGAGAGAAACCUUAUGCUUGUAGUGUAUGUAAUAAGAGCUUUUCUCGGAGGAGUAGUCUAACUCUUCACAGACAUAUUCAUACUGGUGAGAAACCUUACUCUUGUUGCGUAUGCAAUAAGAGUUUUUCAAAUAGGAGUGGUCUAGCUGAUCACAAUCGUGUUCAUACUGGUGAGAAACCUUUUUCUUGUGAAGUGUGUCAGAAGAGUUUUGCACAGAAAUGUCAUCUGACUGAUGUAUGUAAUAAGAGUUUUAAACACAAGAGUCAUCUGACUGGGCACACUCGUAUUCAUACUGGUGACAAACCUUAUUCUUGUAGUUUGUGUGAUAAGGGUUUUUCAACAAAGAUAGCUUUAAAUAAACACAGUCUCACUCAUUCAGAUUAG